AUGGAUAGUAGUAGGCGAAGAUACAUAUACGAGGAGAUAACAAAACUCGGGAGAAGGAACAUCAGUGCUCAGAUCUUUACAUUCAAAGAUCUUUGCGUCGCCACCAAGAACUUUGACCCUGAGAAUCAGCUCGGUGAAGGCGGUUUCGGAAGGGUUUACAAAGGGUACAUAGAAACCAGUGAUAAGGUUGUUGCAGUUAAGCAACUAGACAGGAAUGGCUACCAAGGGAACAGAGAGUUCCUUGUUGAAGUCAUGAUGUUGGGUCUCUUACAUCAUCAAAACCUUGUUAAUUUGUUUUGUAAACAAAUCACCCCUUUUAUUAUUACAGAAUUGGUGCGGAACAAGAAGAAGCCGUUGGAUUGGGACACAAGGAUGAAAGUUGCAGCAGGAGCAGCGAGAGGGCUUGAGUAUCUACACGAAACAGCUGAUCCUCCUGUGAUCUAUAGAGACUUCAAGGCCUCCAACAUAUUGCUUGACGAAGAAUUCAACCCGAAGCUUUCGGAUUUCGGUUUAGCCAAAGUCGGUCCGACCGGUGGAGAGACUCACGUCUCGACCAGAGUGAUGGGAACGUACGGCUACUGUGCGCCUGAGUAUGCUCUCACCGGACAGCUCACUGUGAAGUCCGAUGUGUACAGCUUCGGAGUAGUGUUCUUGGAGAUGAUCACAGGAAGAAGAGUGAUCGACCCGACAAAACCAACUCAAGAAGAGAAUCUAGUGACUUGGGUAAUUAUAUAUAGUAACAUACUUAACAUGCAUAGUCUCUUGUUUAUAGGCGUUUUCUUGAAUGGAUGAUUGCUAAAAUGCGCAGGCGAGUCCAUUGUUUAGAGAUAGGAGAAAGUUCACGCUAAUGGCGGAUCCUUUGCUUGAAGGGAAGUACCCGAUAAUAGGAUUGUAUCAAGCGCUUGCGGUUGCAGCCAUGUGUCUUCAAGAAGAGGCAGCAACGAGACCAAUGAUGAGUGAUGUGGUUAGUGCGCUCGAGUACUUAGCUAUGGCCAAAGACAAAGUAGAUGGAGAAGCUGUAGAAGACAAGGGGAAUUAUAAUAAAACAAACUAAUUAAACAUAUGAUAACAGAGAAGAAGAAGAGGAAAAAUCUAAGAUUUAAGCAAUAUGUUGCUUAUUUGUAAUUUUAAUGAUCUGUUUUAGGAAAUUUGAGGAGUUUUUGCUGAGAAUAUUUAUUUAUUUUUGGUUUCAAGUUUCAGACUUUUCUCCUGGUACAUUGCGCAAGUUAGGCAUGGGUGUGUUUAUGUAUGCCUUGAGGGUUUUAGGUUUAGUUUUCUAGUUCUCAUCAGAGUUUUAUAUACAUAUGGAACAAUGUUCUAAGAAAAAUUGGUCCACCAUCAACUAGAUGUUCGCUUAGAUGGCAAAUUAGUCAUAAUCGAAAUGAUUUUCUUAACAAUUUGAUUUAAAUUUAUUUAAUCGAUUUAAAUUGGUCUAAAUUAGUUUAAAUAAUUUUAGUUAUCUAAAACGAUCUAAAUUAGUCUUAAUAAAUCAGUUGAAUCAAAUGACUAAUUAUGUUAUAUUCACCAAUAAUUUGUCUAAAUAAGUGAUAAUUUUUUCUUUUCUUUUCUUCUCUCCAAUUUGUUUUUAUAUCCAAUUUUUAAAUAUUUCAUCAAAGUAUUCUUUUUUAAUUAAGUACAAUUGACAUAAAAUAUGUAAUAUACAUAUAUAAUAGAAAAUAGAUAAACAAAUGAUUUGUUAACGCCUAUGCGAUCUGAAUAAUACGUUUAAGCGCUAAUACUCUAUUGAGCGUCUAAAUACCACCUAAUUUUUUUGAACAUUAAUUUGGAUUAAGUUUAGUUAAUAAUACUUUGAGUGUGGAUAUAUUUUAUUAUCUUUAUUUAAAAUUUUAUUGUUGAGAUUUAGAUAUUCAUUCACAUUCUUACUAGUGUUCAAAAAAGCACUAUGCGCUAAACGAGAACUCAAUGUCUAACGCCUAAAAACUACUAAUCGCACAUCUAGAUUAUUAAUUAGUCAAUUAAAUAUAUAAUAACAUUCAUAUUGUCUCUUUUCAUAAGAUUUUACACUAUAAUAUAUUAAUUAAUAUAAUUUACAAAUAAUAAUAAAUAAUUUUUUAUCAUACUAUAAUUAUUUAGAAUUUUUAUAAGGUAAUCACCAUGGUUCACUGAGCUUAGCGCCUAAGCACCAAGCUAGAACGACUUUUAAAACACUAAAUUUUACUAUUAAGGGGAAGGGGGGUUUGGAACUAGAUUAGAGAUCAAACGAAAUCAUACACACCCAAAAUCAUAACUGAUCAUAAGAAUACCAUUUCAUACAAAACCAAAACCAUAUAAAUUCACUACAGUUGUUUAUAAACCACAUAUAGAUGUUUCAAAAAAAAAAACCACAUAUACAAUACUAGAAACAAAAUUACCCAACAUAGAAACUUUAAUUUUUUAUGAACUAUCAAACCGGUUAUUGUUAUAUUGAUUAUUCAAUUGAUCAAAUAAUUUGAAAUGCCAUCGAUUUUAUCGCUCACCUUAAAAUUCUUAAUACAAUAUUUAUGACUCAAAAUAUUUUACGGAGGUCUCUGUUACAUGACACAAUGAUGAAAUACAUAGUUUAAACAAUAAGCAAAAGUAGUUAAAAAUGGAAUCGUUAAAUAUUUCGUUUUCUUUUGUAUAUACCGUAAAACAUGCAUCCUCGAGAUCUGGUUUUAGAAUUAAA